AUGCUGCUCGCUCCACCUACCACGAGCCAGUCCUCUGACCGUAGUCAGCCGGCACCAGUGACCAACUUCACAGGCGGUGAUAAUGCCAUGGGCAUGUGGCCCCCGUAUCUCCCGUACUAUCCCGGCCAGAAUGCACACCCUUCUGCUACUGGAUAUGGACCCUACCAUCCUUGGCCCAUGCCGCCAUAUGGACCGAUAGGUCAUCCAAGCUACGGGCCGCACUACCUGCCUCCAGCCCAUGCUCCUGCAUACGCGAACCCUUACCACAGACCUCACGCUGAUUAUCCUCGGCUGUACAUCCCUCCUCCUCUUAGACCGGUGGCACCGGACGAGAGAUAUGCACUGAGAAAUGAUCCACGUGCUGGCGUCACCUCGACGACUCAGCAGAGUCGUCCCCCUAUGGGUUUUGUUCCUCGCACGGAAAACCUGCCUUUUCUACGCCCCGCCAGUCUCAGUCCUCAGCACCCGACUCAAGUUCCUUCCAACCCCCUUCAGUGGCGGGCUCAAGUCAACGCUCAAACUCCAACACGCAGCCAAGGUCAACGGUCGACCUCAUCCACUCGAGCGACUCGGCUGCCACGGAGCCAGACGACCAAUCUCACCAGUACUGCGUCUGGAAAUCGCGUCAACAACCACAGAAGACAACGCUCUACUGCCCACGCUCCUCGCGCAGUCAGCAGCGAACCUGCUCAGCGUCCUGCAUCCUCGACUCAAGACAGACACGCUCCCAUCUGCGGUGGCUUUUCUGUGAAUCCAAACGCUCCAGUCUUUCACCCAGCCCCAGUCAAGGAGACCGCGCAGAGCUCGCGUUCUGCUGAACAGGAAACAACUGUUACUCCUACUCGACCUUCUGCUGUUGAUCCCAGUCAGCCUCAGGCUGCUCCAGCCAGGACUACGGCUCACACGCAGGGCCAAACUCUUGAUCAGGUUCUGCCUGCUCCAGUCGUUUCCCACUCGGUUCCUUCCCAGAACCACCCUACUCCAGCCUGGGCUACGACCACCGCUCAGGUUAGACCUACUUCACCCACAAUCAGAACUCCUGCUCAGGCGAACCUUCUUUCUUCUGGGACUACAUCCCAUCCUAAGUAUUCCCUUCUUCUCUUGAGAGCAUCAACGUCCACUCCAGUCCAGGUUACUCCUGGCAGACCCACUACUCCUAUUCCAAUACCUCACACUCCAGCAAAGCGUGCGACCAUUUUCGAGGAUUCACCAAUUAUGGCACCGAACAAAGCAACCCUUGCAGCCAACGCCGAGUCCAAGAGGUAUCACUCCAUUCUGGAAGCACCAGAUUUGGCAGACAACGAUGAGGGACCCCUGAAGGAGCCUGAGAGGUACGACGCGGUUUCUCGCGCUCAAAACAAUGCACGUCUCCAACGACACAGAAUACAAAUGCUCCAUCUCGAUGCUGCUGUGAAAGGGUCUUCCGAAUCAGGCUACAUUCCUGGCUCUGUGCAUAUUAGCCAUCGCAGUGACGAGGAGAUUGCGCGGCGCAUGGCUGCUGAGAAAUGCAACCCAACCCAGGCCAGCAAUGAGGUUCCGCAGAACCCUCAGCCUGCGGCAUUGCAUGCUGCGCGCUCGCUCUAUUCUCACGUCGCUGCCGGACCGGGCUUCACUCAGCCUAAACCAAUGCCUGUUGGGGCCUCUUUUUAUCCCAACGCCCCUGCUACCACUCAGCCUGCUCCAUCUGCGCCACCUGGCCUAUUUCGUCCUCCGAGUCCAUGCCCUCGACAUCAACCCCAGGGGUUGUCGGACGAAUCCAGCCUUCUUCCGGUCUACGACUUCAAAGCAUCCAUGGAGCGUGGGCAGUUCAGACAAUACCCACCCACUGGCUGGAAUCUGCAUAUUCGGACCCAAUGCCGUCCUGAUCAAGUGGUAGAGGCGAUUGAGCAAGGUAUCAAGCAGGAAUUAGAUAAUCUGGCCGACUGGCGCGAUGGCGGCUUGGAUGCAGUGAGCGUGGUGAAAAGAGCUUGCGGUAACCUCAGAUGGUACGCUGAUCAUGGCAACUCCAACUUCCAGGGGGGUCAGGCUGCGAAAGAACGCCGCAAUGAUCCCUCUGCAGGUGGGCAGACAACUUUUGCUCCUGAGGCACAAUUUGAUACCUCGAGCUUUCAGGGCCGCCGUAUCUUUCUGAACAACGCUACCCUUGUCCCGUACAUGGGUCCUCCUUGCAUUGGCGAUGCGCCUCCGAGCAACAACACAUCCUCGGCCAAUGUUGCACCUCCGAGAAACGAUCCGUCUUCAAGCAGCGCUGCCACCCCACCGGCCUCUCAGGAUGCCUUCAUCUGGCCUGCCUGGUGUGAUAAAGCGCGGAAGGAAAACAUGGACUCUCGCUCUCUAGAUCUCCUCUGGGAUUUGCAGCAUCCACGUGCAGGCCCUGCUGAGCACCCUGCGUUCACUCGUCCUGUCCGCUCUCCACCCCGACGACCCAUGUCCCAGCUUGGUAUUGAUGUUCCUCCUCCGGAUACACACACUGCGACUAUGAUACCUCUGCGUCCGUUGAACCUUCAACCGCCCAUCGGAACUCCGUACCCUGCUUCUUCGCAAUCUGCUCCUUUGGCACAGCCCUCGCUGGAUAGCUCCAUGUAUCCGCCCACUAAUCUGGGAACGCAUCCACCCAAUGACCCUCAUUUCAUGCACCCACCCGGCCUAGCUCCGAUGCAACCACCCCAGCGCCCUAUGGAUACCUCCUACAUGUACCCUCGCGCUAAGCCGCCUCUUGCAUCAAGUACUUCCGGCAUCUCCUCAAACACGGGUUCUGCAUUGACCCAGCCAACUGAGCCAACUCAGAUGUCUUUCGUUGUUAACCCCUGGGGGCCUGGUACGGCACUGCCUCCACCUACCCCAAUGAAUCGUACCACGGCUCCCAUGCGCGGCUCGGUCAUCGACAGGCACAAUGCGUUGGUUCAGCUCGGGUCUCAGGACCCCGGUGGCUCUCCCUCUCCAAACGAGAGGCGCCAGCAUAAGCAUAACAUGCUUGACCUUUUUGUCUUAAAAGCCCCAUUGAUGAUGACAACGUUGAACGAUGAGAGAUGA